AACCGGCUUGAUCAAGAUUCCUCGUUCAUAUUUGAUUAGUUUAUGUUAACCAAAAAAAAGGAAGUGCUCUAUUCAUCGCAAGGUGUCUCUGGCUCACCGGGAUGUCAUUCACACACGGGGUCCGAUCGGGUGAUUGAUCGAAGAAGCUUAAUCCGAUCAACUUUUUGAUGCGGAGAACAGUGCUGUCAAAAAACUUCUAAGCUCCCGGUCGUAUGGUCAGAUGGUAGGAGACUGAUAUAUGGGAAUUUCCUUUGCCCGACAAGAGUUCAUCGUAGAACUUCCAAACAGGCAGUUGCGUUUCAUCAUGAAUGAUUUACGAUGCGGAGGCAUGUCCUUGCAUGGAACCUUCUUAUUUGCAGUAUUCGCAGUAGCCCUGUGCCGAGCUGGUGAACAAAGUGGGUCAUAUUCUUCCAGCAAUUCUCCAUCCAUUACAGAAGGAGUCGAUAAUCCCUUCCCUUAUCCGUCUUCACCUUCACCUCGCCUUUCAAUUCUAACAGAGUCCUCCAACACAGAAGAUAUUCAGGGUAAAACAAGGAAACCGAGGUGUAUAUAUGAUAACGGAGCAAUACGAAUUUUAUUAGAAGAACUUAUAUUGGAAUUAUUCAAAGACUUAGACGACAUGAAUAUAGACCUCAAUAGCAAUCAAAAAUACGCCCUCAGAAGAAGAUUGCGUGGAUUUUAUCACAAAGCAACUAAGCAUCCUGCAGUUCAUGAAAGAAAAAUCGCCUUUUCGUCAACAAAACCGGCACAUUAUGACGGUGAUGAAGAAAAGUUAAAAAGGGAUUCACCUACCAAUCUCAAGCCGCUUUCGAAUCAGAUAACGAGUAAACGAAGCGGGCAGAUUUACGAAAGCUGUGAAACUGUUGCUGAUUGGGACAUAGUCGACCAUGGAAGAGUAAAAAACGAAACGGUUGUCGAGCUGUUUCCCAAAUCAUGGCUCUUUAUCAGGAAAUGUGUAUCAAAGGGAAGAACAUGCAAUAUUGGGAAUGAAAAUUUGUCAUCUUUAGUGAGUAAUACGAUGUGCUUAGAACAAUCGACCUGGGUUCCUGCCUAUGUCAGACAAAAGGGUUACUCCUAUUACGAAUGGGAAUAUAUUCAGGUUCCGUCGUGUUGUAGCUGUGCCGUAUACGUUGCAAACUUCCUCUAACUUCCUCUAGAAUAAUAAUUUCAGAGAGCAUUUACUUUACUAUGAGUGCCGUGCCUCGAUCGCAACCCGACGUGCAUCCCCGUCUGUAUGAUCUGCAGCAAAUUUUGUACAAAAUCAUUGCAGCGUAAGCACGGGUCGGUGCUUUUUCAAGAACUCGGAGGCGGGCUUGAGUUCCCACCCCUUUUUUCCCCAAACCGUGUACAAAAACGUAGAAAAAUGACCAUCUGAAUCCGCGGCCCCUGGGAGCAGUACAAACAGCACGAAGAGCGGUUUUGGGCCAUGUGGAAGUCAUGCUGCGCGAGACUACAUAAUCACGCAAAAAACACGUGAUGCGCACGACAACCGUAUAGCCCCUGCACCUGCUUCUGACCUCGAACGCACAAUCGAAUAGAGGGCGUCUUAUGAACUUCAUGGCUUAGAUUGGAGCCGUGGUUUUUCCCAGGUCGGUUGCACGUCGGCUGUGCCUUACAACUGUAGUGCUCAACGUUCGACUCAAGAUGUCUCAAAUAAAAAUGGUCCGUGGUAACUAGCAAUCACAGAGGAGACCCAUAGUGUAUGGCUUUGAUUUGAUUACGCCAACGCUAGACGCACGGAUCGCAGAAAUUAGCUCAGUAUAACGCAGGCUGUGAUGCGCGUGGGAGCGAACUCAGCCAGGACACACACGCACGACGAAUUGCGAUAGUAUCUUGUCUACUUUCUCACUUACUCAUUUCAGUACUUGGGGACAUCUCCUUCUGAGGUCUUAAUCAAUUUGCUUGGAAGUCGUGGUGACGUGUCUAGGACGCCUCCUGUAGCUGCAUUCUGCGCUACGUCUUAGAAACUCUGCAACUGACGGACACGUCGGGAAGACAUCUCAACAUGUUCAAGGGCGUCUCGGAAACUGGAAGUACUCUCCAAAACCCGACCUUGAUGAAGUUUCCUCCAACUGUUUUUGAAGUCCGUUCUUUUUACGAGACGCUUCGAGGACGUUUGCAGAGACGUAUCUAAAACUUGCAAAAUCUAGAUUUGCAAAGAUGAUUCAAAUUCAUUUAGAUCUCUCUCUCUUUCCCUUAAGAAGGCAUUCGUUAUUGACUUAACCACUUUACUCACAAAUUCAAAUUGUAUGCAUUUAUUUGUCGGAAUAGCAAUAUCUGACGUAUGCUAUUCAAGUCUUUACCAAAAAAUAAAUAAAUAUCCACUUCGAAAAUAAUUUUCCCAGAGUAGAAAAAAUCUAUAAUUUUAAAUCGCUUAUUCGGCAUUCAAGGAACUUGCACUCGCUUUCAAAUUAAAUGUAGGUCCCCAAAUGAGCUGCAGGUUCGUUAAAAUAAGCCAAAUUUGUAAUUGAUUUGAUUUUUUUCCAAUACCCUUUGCGCUUAAUUGACGAUUAAACCUGUUUUCUGCAACAAUUUUAUGUACAUGGAAAUUUCAAUAUACAAUUUUUUUCACGGAAUCACGGCAUGCUAUAGUAAACAACUAUGCGGCACAUAAAAUAAAAUCUUUUCUUUCAAUAAACAGUGAUGUCUUAUUACAUGUUUGUCACAAACAUGGAAUUUGGGGGAGAAAAAUGACCAGUCGGAGAAACUCUCAGCUUUGUGUGAUCGGUUGAAAUCUUGCCUUUCCGCGGAAUCUUUGCGAUAACGCUCAAAUCUUUAUGCUAAUGAAUACUACCUUGAAAUAUGGGGGGGGGGGGGUGUUUCACAAAAGAAGUUUUAACCACACUUAAAUGCUUAUCGCGGUGCAGAACCGAGAGCCAAUGCAGAAUCGUGUUUUUUUUUCCUACGUGUAAACAGGAAACCAAUUCUGCACCGAUAAUUAUUGUGACGUCAACGCGCAUGGCGUAUAAUAUGCGUAGAUACUCCACUGAUUUGUGUUUUUCCAGCGUGUUAAAACAGCGUGUAAACGCGAUGCGAGAUAACCCGAGAGCCGAUUCUGCAUCUCCUCUCGGUUCUGUACCACAAUGCAGCCGACGUUGCAUGUAAAUACGGUAAAGAUAAAAUUGUGCGUUUCAUAGCGCGUUUGUGACUCUUUCCGUGUUUACACGCUGCACCGACUCGCGGCGCAGAACCACGAGCCGAUGCAGCACGGUAUCUAAACACGAUAUCUAAGUCAUACCUAACUCUUUGUGAAACACCUCCAGGUCUAGUUCAUCAUAUGUUGCUAUGGCUGGCAAACAUCAAGUAUUAUUUGAGACAACCAGUAAAAUUGUUUCAAAAUGAUGCAUGCAAAUGAAAUAUAUUAUGUAACAAAUACUAUUGAUGGAAUUCAUCUAUCAUUCUCUGUGAGUAUGUGUGUGUAUUUUGUUCAAUGUGUUUUGCAUGAUAUAGAAAAUUAAUUUAUUUAUUCCUAUUAUAAAAAAGGGGACUAGAAAGGCUUAUUCAGCAAAUGGAUGUUUUUUUCGAUUUUCAUGUAAAUAUUUCUCGCUUUUGGAAAUAGAAACCAAAGAUUUAUGGACGAAAGUUCUCUGCACAUGGGACACGGGGGAUAGCGAAAUUUACGGCAACACACGUGAAAUAAAAAUGGAUCUUCUUCUUUAUUUGAAAAUGAUAUUUUUGUUUGAAUAUCCGGGGACUGUGCCUGAAGUUUUCGAACAAAUUUUAUGGUUGCACAAGUGUUUACAACUUUGAUUGUUUCAUGCUUGAUUUAUGGUAACGUCUGGAACUGUUAUUUGAUUAGAUCUAUGUCCUAGGGCAUAAGUUUUGAUUAUAUAGUUCAUACAUUGAGAACUGUAUAUUUUUAAGACGAGCUGAAUUAAUGUUAAAAUUUGAUAUUUUCUGGUGUUUAUUUGUUGAGGAUUGUUCUAAGUAUAUUUAUGAUUUAUUACCCUUUUAAAGACGAAGA